CCCGAGCGCUCCGGACCUCCAGGCCCCGGGCGGAGAGGCCCCUCGUGCACCACCUUCCGGAACCACCCAAACUGCAAUUUUGAUUUUCCUGAGUAAACGGGAGCCCUGAGCCUUUGCUCGAUGCUGGAUUUAAUAUGCCUACAUCUUUGAGGGCCUUGUUUUUUCCCCCUUUGGUUUUUAAUCAUUUUUGUGACAGUCCCUCACACGUCCAUUACUAGUCUUGUGGUCUUCUCUCCCCGCGCGGCUCUUUGACCAGCGAGGAGGGCGACGCGAAGAGCUCCCAGGGGCGAUGUACCAGAGCCUGGCCAUGGCCGCCAACCACGGGCCGCCGCCGGGGGCCUACGAGGCGGGCGGCCCCGGCGCCUUCAUGCACGGCGCGGGCGCYGCGUCCUCGCCGGUCUACGUGCCCACGCCGCGGGUGCCUUCCUCGGUGCUGGGCCUGUCCUACCUCCAGGGUGGUGGCGGGGGAGCUGCCACCGGAGCCGCCUCGGGCGGCAGCUCGGGCGCGGCCCCGUCGGGUGCCGCUCCUGGGACACAGCAGGGCAGCCCAGGCUGGAGCCAGGCGGGCGCCGAGGGAGCCGCCUACACCCCGCCGCCGGUGUCCCCGCGCUUCUCCUUCCCGGGGACCACAGGGUCCCUGGCGGCCGCCGCCGCCGCCGCCGCCGCCCGGGAAGCCGCGGCCUACGGCAGUGGCGGCGGGGCGGCGGGCGCGGGCCUGGCCGGCCGCGAGCAGUACGGGCGCGCGGGCUUCGCGGGCUCCUACUCCAGCCCCUACCCGGCCUACAUGGCCGACGUGGGCGCGUCCUGGGCCGCGGCCGCCGCCGCCUCCGCCGGCCCCUUCGACAGUCCGGUCCUGCACAGCCUGCCCGGGCGGGCCAACCCCGCCGCCCGACACCCCAAUCUCGACAUGUUUGACGACUUCUCAGAAGGCAGAGAGUGUGUCAACUGUGGGGCCAUGUCCACCCCACUCUGGAGGCGGGACGGGACCGGGCACUACCUGUGUAACGCCUGUGGCCUCUACCACAAGAUGAAUGGCAUCAACCGGCCCCUCAUUAAGCCCCAGCGCCGGCUGUCCGCCUCCCGCCGAGUGGGCCUCUCCUGUGCCAACUGCCAGACCACGACCACCACGUUGUGGCGCCGCAAUGCUGAGGGUGAGCCCGUGUGCAACGCCUGUGGUCUCUACAUGAAGCUCCACGGGGUCCCCAGGCCUCUCGCGAUGCGGAAAGAGGGGAUUCAAACCAGAAAACGGAAGCCCAAGAACCUGAAUAAAUCCAAGACAGCAGCAGGUCCUUCCGGCAGUGAGAGCCUUCCUCCCACCAGCAGUGCUUCCAGCAGCUCCAGCAGCACCACCACCACCAACAGCGAGGAGAUGCGCCCCAUCAAGACAGAGCCCGGCUUGUCAUCUCACUAUGGGCACAGCAGCUCCAUGUCCCAGACCUUCUCCGUCAGUGCUGUGUCUGGCCACGGGCCCUCCAUCCACCCGGUCCUCUCUGCCCUGAAGCUCUCCCCACAAGGCUACGCAUCUCCUGUCAGCCAGUCACCACAGGCCAGCUCCAAGCAGGACUCUUGGAACAGUCUGGUCUUGGCUGACAGUCACGGGGACAUAAUCACUGCCUAAUCUCUCCUCCUUCCCUCCUCAAAUAUCUGCAUGGACCUGGGACCUGGGGGCCCCCUCUGCCUGGGAAGGACUCCAGAGCAACUGGGAAGAAACUUGAAGUCGACAAUUGGUUCUGAGAAGUGGGAGUUGGAUUUUCUCAGAUGCCUUUUCAAGGUGGGGUCUGGAAAGAGCCCACUCU